CUAAAAAACAUAGACAAUAAAAAGUCAUUAUGUUUAGAUGUUUCGAACUGGUGGAAUUCGACCUACUUGAUGUUGGGUGCCGCACAAUAUUUUGAGAGUGCAUUUGAUAGGUUUGAUAUUGAAGAUGGUGGAUUGUCAACUUAUCUUGCUACUCAUGUUUGUGAAAAUGGAAGUAUUGCAGGUGUACUUGAAAGUGAUGAUUGGCAAAAGGUGAGAAACAUGGUAAUAUUUCCUAAAAGGUUUUAUGAUCUAACUGAGAAGGUUUCAGGUUCACUUUAUGUCACUUCUAAUGGUCACUUUGAAGAUAUAGUUGAGCUUCACAAUCAUUUAAGAGAGUGUAUGGAAGAUGAUGAUCCUUCUUUGGCAAAAAUGGGAGAAAAAAUGAUAGAAAAGUUUGUCAAGUAUUGGGGUGCUCCUGAAAAAAUGAAUAAGAUGCUUCUUAUUUCCUCUAUCUUAGAUCUUCGUAACAAACUUGAGUAUAUUGGCGCCGCACUUGAGGAUAUGUUUGGAGAUGAAAAUGGGAGUGAAAUAAAAGAUGAAGAGGUGACUUACAUGAAAUCUAUCUUUGAAGAGUAUGUAGCAAAAUUCUCUAAUGCAUCUCGACACACAUCUUCUCUCUCUGAUUCAUCGGGUCAGACAUCGGAUUCAUCUAGCUCUAACACUAGCACAAAAUCAGCAAAAGUGAGAAAUAGGAUCCAAAUAAAGACGAACAAACAAGAUGAUACAGGUUUGGGUGGUAAGUCGAAGUUGGAAAAGUAUCUUAGUGAAGAACUAGAGCCGAAUGAUGAUGAUAAUGAUGAUGAGGAUAAUUUUGAUAUCUUAUCAUGGCGGAAAGCUCAUUCUCCUAGAUAUAAAAUUCUUUCCUAGAUGGCUCGUGAUGUGUUGGCAAUUCCUAUUUCUAGUGUGGGAUCGGAAUGUGCAUUUAUCACCAGGGGCCGUAUUCUUGAUUCAUUUAGGAGUUCUUUGACUCCGAAAUUGGUCCAAGCUGUUAUAUGUCUUCAAGAUUGGCGUCAAAAUGAGCCUUAUCCCGUAAUGUUGAAGAAGAUUUUAAUGAUCUUAUGAAACUUGAACUUGAUAUGGUUGAUAGCUCAAAAGAUUCCCUCGUUCUUGAUUUGUAAUCGCAAGAUGCCUCAGGUUGUUCUCGCUACAAUUGCUAUCGUAUUUGGUUUAACAAAGAUUUAAUCAGCAAGUGGUGAUCAAUCGUGUGGAAUACUCAUAUGUGUGCCCGCUUAAGUGGCUUGAUUAAUGCGCAUUUAUUCGAAGAUGUACGUACAAAAAUUGCCCCGUUUUAGAUAUAUGCUUCCUAUAUUUGAUGAAACCAUCCAAAACUCAUAUUGUUUGUGUAAGAUUUGCUUAUGAGAGUGACUGCUUUAAACAUGGGAAUAGUAUGCAUUUGUCCUUUUUGAAAACCAUGUACCAUCUAUUAGACAUUUAGAUGUUAUUGGUAUAAAUGUAGUUGAUUGGUAUAAAUGUUCAC